AAAAUCGUUAUAAAAUUUGAAUUAAACAAAGAAUGCAUUGUAAACAUGUUCCCGUUCCUCGUAAUUUUCAAACCUUCACCAUUUGUAUUUGUGUUUUCGACGAGCUCAUUGUAAGUAUGGUUACCAGUUACGACAGUACAAUAACAUAAUCGCAAGUGACUAGCUGUAGCUGUUUAGUGUUUAACCACAUUUCAUAUUGUGCUCUCCGUAACAACACGUCGAUUGCGGUGGAUUUUUUUUACGAUCAAAGAAAAACAAGUGGCGUCAUUAAAUAUGCCUUUAAAUGGAGUGGCCGUGGAUAAUGGCCUGAAAAAUAACGGUGAGAACCAGAACAAUUCAAAUCAUGAGCCACAUCGAAAGACUUACGAAGAAGAAUUUUCCCAAAAUGACUCGGAGGUCGACAAUUUGGAUGCUAUUAGGUAUCCCGAUGGAUCGGUGCGUCUCCGGAAUCCGAAUAUUGAACUCAUGGAUCAAGACAUAUUGUACCACCUGGCGCUGGGAAGUGGCUCCCAUGACUUGGUCGAGAUGUUUGGGGAUGUUAAGUUUGUCUGCAUGGGCGGAACUCCCAAACGAAUGGAGCAGUUUGCCUACAACAUAAUGGCAGAAAUUGGCCACAAACUGCCAUGCGGAACUACGCUGCAGGACAUCAGUCAUUUUUCCUACCGCUACUCGAUGUAUAAAGUUGGACCUGUACUGUCUAUAAGUCACGGUAUGGGAAUUCCAUCAGUGGGCAUUCUACUCCACGAAGUCAUAAAACUUAUGUACCACGCUAAAGUUCGGGACCCAGUGUUCUUCAGGAUAGGGACUUGUGGCGGAAUCGGUCAUGAGGGUGGUACAGUGAUUAUUUCAGAGGAAGUUGUCGAUGGAGCACUUCGUAAUGUCCUUGAAUUGACCGUUCUUGGAAAGACACUUCAAAGACCAGCAAAAUUGGAUAGAAGGCUGGCACGAGAACUCAAGGCCAUGGGAGAUCCCGAAGAUCCUUAUGACACAGUGACAGGGAAAACUAUGUGCACAUACGAUUUUUAUGAAGGUCAAGGUCGUCUAGACGGUGCCUUCUGCGACUUCACAGAAAAUGAUAAAAUGGAAUAUUUGGAGAGUAUUCAUAAAUCGGGUGUGGUGAAUAUAGAAAUGGAGUCGUUGGCUUUCGCAGCACUAACUCAUCACGCUGGUAUUAAGGCAGCUGUCAUCUGCGUCACCCUAUUGGACAGAUUGAAAGGAGAUCAGGUUCUAGCUCCAAAGGAAGUCUUGGAUGAGUGGCAGCAACGUCCGACAAAACUUGUUUCUCGCCACAUUAAAAGAUACCUACAGAUGAAAGGUCGUCUGUCCUUAGACGGACAUGGUUCUGUCGCUGUAAAGAGUCCGCGUCGAUUCAAGCUGGUCCAGCAAGAGUCUGAAACCUACGACUAAAAUAUCAUUGCUAUGUAGAAUCCUUGUAAGGUAAAACGAAGGUGACGGAAUGUAGAUUUUCAGAAAGAUUUCUGUUGAAAGAAUUCGAAUGAUACAUUUUAUCAAAUUACGGAAUAAUUGUUUGCAUUGGUUAGUCAAUUUCAUUAAAAACAAAAUCGUACAAAAUCAUCAAAAUUGAAUUCACACAAUUUUAACUGCCACAAAUGUUUAAAUAUUUCUCGUUGACGCGUAUGUCGCCAAUAAUUAUAUCAAUGUUAGUAUUAAGCAUAUUUAUUGGUAUAGAUGUGUAUUUUUUAUAGUUAUCAUAUUUAUUUUAUAUUUCGAUAUCAGAAGAAAAGAAUUAUAGAUUGUGAUGAAAUGAAUAAUUUAUUUGCUUCCUCUUUUUAUCCAUACACGGUUGUUGCCCUAAUGUGUUUUACAUUUUGAGCACAAUUAUUUAGUUAAGUGCCAAUACAUAUCUGUAUUUCUAAAAUAUAUCUUUAACCUAGUUUUCAUUACUUUUUAUGUAUUUUAAAGCUGAACUUGAUAAAUAUUUCACUUGUUUUUUACACCUUCUUAAUAACUUUUUAAAAAAUAAAUUUCUUAUACGAAAAUGAUUACUAUCUUGCAGAAUAAAAAAAUGUUUUGAUAAAAACUUUGUUAGUGUUUUUAAAGUACUUAAAAUGGAUUGAAUAAUUUCGGUAGCGUGUGUGCAAGUCUAAAUAAAAUAUUGUUUCAUUUAAUAAUGUUAAGUAAAGAACUAUUUAUUUCAAAAUGCAUCCAGCGUUAGCCUUGCAUUGUGAUUGAAAGUAGAAGUCUACGUAAAAUUCAUAUCUUUUUAAUAUGCGGUUCAACAAAUACUUAAAUAUCUAAUGCAAUGGCUGUUAUUAUGCAUGUCUGAGAGGUUUUGCAAAAUGUAAGGAUAAAAAUGUAUGAUUAGUAGUUUGCCUAAGUAAGUUCCUAAGUGUUAAGGUUUCUGUUGAAAAGCUACUCCUAAGAUUUUUAACUCAGCACUAUUUAAUUUUAUAAUCUGUUUAUUACUGUAGAAUGAAGGUACAAUAACUUAUCAUAGUUUAGUAUCGACUGAGGUCGGUGUGUUUUAAAUUUUUUAAACUUUAAAUGUGCUUCCACGGAAUAUUGUAUUUGAUUGUUAAUUGUUCAUGCACAAACUGUUGUCGAUGCUUACGGUGUUGAUAUCUUUUAUAGAAUCUCGACACGUUUAUAGUUAUAAUAUAUAUUUAAUAAUACGAUACUUAUCGGAAAACUAAUAAAGAUCGCAUGCCAUCGAUUUAACGAUUCGUUACAAAGGAGUGAGAGUUAGAUGAAAUAUAAAUUUUUCAAUGAGCGUUUCAUGUAGCGGCUAGUUAAUCGAAGAUUAAUCACUUGUAUUCAAUGGCACCAAUAUCUAAUAAGAAUAUGCCUAGUAUUUUAGUAAGUGUUAAAAGGAUAUUUAAUAACAAUCUCACUUUAUGUUAUUAUUAUUCAAAUGUUUUGAUUAUACAAAAUUAACUGUUCAAUCUCUUCCUAAUAAUCCAUUUGUUGAGAAAUAACAUAUCUUUUAAGCAGUUUAUCUACAUAUUGUUACCUUGUUCCGAAAUUCAAUGUAAUGUUAAUAACAAAUUACAAUAUUUUCAUAAAUGUUAUAUUCCGAUGAAAAUAUUAGGUUUAUAUACUACACAAUAAAAUUUUAAUAUAAUGGUUAAUAAUAUUUAUAAGGGAUUCGAGAUGUUCGACUUUAAGGCUUAAGGUGUGUUAAAUAACGAAUUAAAGGAAUUUUGUUCUCCAAA